AUGUCGGAGCAAGGAGAGGUGUUUGAAAGACCAGAUACAGUGGCUGUUGAUCCUCCUCUGAAAAGACAUCACACAAUUGAGCCAUUUGCGUUUUUGACAUCGGUGAAGGAAAAUGAGAAGAAACACAACGUUCUCCUUAUAUCUAAUCAGCCAUUUAAAAUCAACUUGAAAGCAAUCUGGGUCCAUUGCGGGUUAGUAGUGUGUUCAGAUGGUGGUGCAAAUAGGCUUUUUGACUCCUUUUCAAAUGACCAAGAACGAGAGGACUAUUUACCGAGCUAUAUAGUGGGUGACUUUGAUUCUUUAAGGGACAAUGUCAAGGACUUUUACCAAUCCAAAGGUGUCAAGAUUAUACCCCAAUAUGGACAAUAUAGUAACGACUUUCAAAAAUCAAUACGGUGUGUGCAAUUGCACUUUUCGCUCUUGGAACAAGGUCGACAAUGGCCUUAUAUUGACGAUGAUGACGGGUUGAAGGAAAUCUGGGAGAAUGAAAUGGGAGGUACCAGUGAUAUACAAAUACACAUUUAUGCCUUGUCAGUAAUUGGUGGCAGAUUUGACCAGUCUGUCCAGUCUAUCAAUCAGCUUUAUAUUCUUCACCAAACGGAGCCUAACUUGCAUUUAUUCUUCAUCACCAAUGAUGAUUUGAUUUUCCUCUUGUACAAAGGAGUCAACUAUGUCACAUAUCCCGAUCGGACUGUAUUUUGCAAGGACACAUCCUCGCCUCCGUUGUGUGGGUUAUUGCCUCUUGGUAACAAGUCUGUUGUUUUGAAUAGUUUUGGAUUCCGAUACGAUAUCAAGAAUUGGUUGACAGAAAUGAUGGGUCAGGUGAGCUCCUCAAAUCGAGUCGUUGGAGAGAAGGGGUUCAUUGUCGAGUGUUCUGAAGACAUUACAAUGAAUAUAGAAUUGAAUUUAUAG